CCAUCCGCAGCCCUCUCCCUCGCCGCAGCCCUCUCCCUCGCCGCAGCCCUCUCCCUCGCCGCAGCCCUCUCCCUCGCCGCAGCCCUCUCCCUCGCCGCAGCCCUCUCCCUCGCCACAGGCAAACGAUGUUCCGCCGCAGCAAAUCGCGGUCUGAGUCCCGGCACGACGUGCAGACAGAGGCGCGGCUCCGGAACCACCGCGAGCAAGAGGAGAUGCGGCUGGAGGAGGCGGAAGCAGAGAAGCAACUCCAGCAGAAAGCAGAGAAGCUCGCUAUCAGCGAGCCUAAAUCGAGCUCAGGGUCGCGGCCGCACACGCAGGCCCGCUCUGCCUUCCCAUUCUACCCCGCCCGGGCCGUCGUGGCCGACGAGAAGGUGCCGUGGGCGGUGAAGUGGCCCGACUACUCGCCAACGACGUUCACGGCGCCGCACGUGCUCGCAAACGACAGCACGGUGAAGCCAGGCGGCUGGGCAGACCCCGUGGAUCCGACGAGCGUCGACUGGCCGUGCCGCGCGUCGUACGAAGGCCCGAUCGCCUUUGACGGCCAUCAGCAGCCCCUCAACCCUCGCGGCCGGACGGGGAUGAGCCAGCGCGGCUACCUCGGCAAGUGGGGCGCCAACCACGCCGCCGACCCGAUCGUCACACGCUUCGACCCGGCGAGCGGCCGGCUGCAGGCCACUGCCGUCGCCGCCAUCGUCCGCUCGGAUAACGGCGUCAUCGCCCUGCCGGGCGGCAUGGUGGAUGCGGGCGAGAUCGUCUCGGCGACGGUGCGGCGCGAGUUUGCGGAGGAAGUGCUCAAUCUGCCGAGCGAGGCCCGCGCCGCCAGAGCGCAGCGCUCCGAGGUGACACGGCUGCUCGACCAGCUCUUUGCGGGAGGCGGCGGCGGAAAGGUCGUGUACCGCGGCUACGUCGACGACCCGCGCAACACGGACAACGCUUGGAUGGAGACGACGGCCUUCCACUUCCAUGCGACCGGGGCGGCGGCGCGGCUGCAGCUCACUGCGGGCGGCGACGCGGCGCGCGCGUUUUGGCUGCCCGUCAGCCCGAGCAGCAAGGAGUACGCGAACAUGUUGGCUGACCACCGGUCGUGGGUCGACCAGGCGGCCGCCACGCUGCACAAAGGCGGCGGCGCAUCCCAGUCAGCCUCCCUCGCCAGCCGCCCGCCCCCGGCGACGUCCUCGCAGCCCGCCGCGCAAGGUCUCGACGCGCGGCUGAAGAGCCUCGGCCAGGCGCGGGGGCGGCAGUGAGGGGGCCGGCGGUGAGGGCGCGGCGAGCAUGCUUGGGAGGGAGGUUUUACGGUGUCCGUCGCCUGGAGGCGUGCGGCUCGGUACCGCGCCGCGUUGUCCCGGCAGAGCAUGAACCGUGGACUACAACAACACGUACAACAUGUACGGAGCGACCGUAUCGGCCUUGCGGGUCUGACGAGAUGCGGAGAUUGAGUACGUGCAGGAAGAGGUAGGUCGUACAGGGUGGAU